AUGGCGGACCCUGUGUCGAUCAUUGGAACAGCCGGUGCGCUGGCGAACAUUAUUCAGAUCGUGAGCCAGACGAUAGUUGCCAUUCGCGACUUACAAAGUGAUUGGAACGAUGCAGACCUUACCUUCCUGAGUCUAACAAGUCAAUUAUCCGCCUUGCGUCUUGCGUUGACAAAGAUAGAGGAAUGGAUGGGUACUGAUACCGGGGAUGCGCAUCAUCAGCUAGUGAUGGAUUUGGACGAUUCCAUCAAUUGCUGUAAAGUCCUACUCAAGAAACUGAAAGGUCUGGUGGACAGUCUACAGCAGAAGCAAAACGAGGCUCUGAGCUUCCGAAACAAAAUAAAACUGGUAUUUGGCAGGAAGAGCACUGAUCAUAUCCAGAAGCUGCUGGAGCACCAAACGAACGCUCUAAACUUGCUUCUGACUGCGUGCAACUGCCAAACUGGGGCUGAGCAAAAGGCCUUGCUUGUCCGGUCAAGUAGCCGAAAGGUCCUUCGCCAAAUGAAUCUUGAUUCGGCUUCGUUAAUAGUUCACCGUGACACAGAUUCAAUCGCGACAGAGAUAACUGAUCAUUUAUCAAAGUUGUCCUUUAGUUUCUUUUUUGACCGUGAGGUUUUUACCUCCAACGUAUACGAACGUUUCUUCCGUGGGCUCACAAGGAGGGUUCUGAGAUAUCCACAAAACAACGACGCCCCAGCGGUGGAGCGGCCGCGCGAAACUAGCCGUGACGAUGAAUGGCAGCUAUCCCGGCAGGCAUUCUUACUAUUCGGUGGUGACUACAGUGACACGGACACUAUUCUUCAAGAGAUACUCGGCUCAGGGAGCAACCAAACCAUCAACGUUAGCCUCGAACUUCAACGAACUGCGGUAUACAGGUUCGUGAUCCAGAGCGCACAAUCUAUUAUUGCUUCCCUGAAACAUGUUGGUAUCAAAUUGCAUUGUGAUAGUAGCGCGGUAGAUUGCGACCUUUUACUAGACUAUAUCGAUGAUCUAGGUCCGACCAACCGUCUAGAUGUGAGCGUAGGAGAGGCAAUACGCUCCUUAACACAUGACCCAUGCAUGGAGAGAAUCCGCCAGUCUCCUCGAGAGUUCGGUAUCUCAGACUCCGCACUAUCUCUGUUCGACGAUAUAGACCGCAUUGCGUCUCCAGAUUACAACCCUACAAGCCGAGACGUUCAAGUCGUGCGAGACAUGACAUCAGUAGUAAUUGAAUUACAUGUCACGUACAAAAGACGCCGCGACGCAUGGAAAGAGGGAAAGCCAGAGGCUAUACUACUGGACGUACAUCUUCUAGAUGUGACGCUACGCUUUGGAUCAAAUGGCGCUUACAAUUUUAAUGACAUAACAACCAUUUUUUUGCUCGUCAAUCCUGCCGGCUACCACGAAGUCUUUCAAAACGAGUCUCUAGAGACUUCAUUGGUCCCUUGCAAAUCCAAAUUUGAAGCAAUGCUACGAUCUUCCUGGUUCCCACAGGACAAGAGAAUUGCCGUGCUUUUCAGCGAACCUGCAGAGUCCACAUCCAACCUCGCCGCUUGUCCCUUCACAGAGUCUAUCUCAGGAUUCACAGGAAAUAAUGAGCCAGAUGCUAUUACUCAAUUUCUGUCACGUCACUUUCAAAAGCUGCGCCCUAAACAAUUUCUCCUGGGGGUCGGAAUGGGAGAAUUGAGAGGCUUUCCUGGAGAGUCGGUUAUAGAGAAGCUACUUCUUGUGUCUGAAGUUUUGUUAAGUAUCUAG